CUUUAAUUUCGUCUUUAUUAUUCUGACCGUGUAUACGUAAGCCUCAGUGUAUUUCUGAGUAUUUUAAUGUUUUAUUUCUAUAACCGGAAGUUAAAAAAUAACCGGAAGUCGAAAAUCCACAGCUUCCAUGGUUAUUUUUCUCUUAGGUCUAACCACAGAACUUGAUACCUGUGCUUUUAUAAAAGUUAAUGUCGCCUAGUGUUAUGUUUAAAUCACAUGCAUUUUUACACUAGAAAUUAUUUUAUGCAUGCAUUUAUGCAAUAUAAUUUACAAGGCAGCAAAUUUAAGAUUUUGAUGUUUGAAAUAUGUCAACAUUCAUAUUUAUUCAUGCGCCAAGCAUGGCAUUCAGCCAGCAACUAGUCUUAUGUAGACACCAAAGGGUAAUCACCUAUAAUGUACGAAAUGCCAGUCUAAUUAAUUAAUUAAGUCAUGCCACGACAUGAUCUUUCCUAUCUGAUCUUUACUUAAUCAUACUGACUUUCGUCUUCUAAGAGGAAAAACAAUUCCCAAACCGUCGAUAUUGAACUUUGAUUUUCAUCUCUUGCCGUUAAUGUAUAGACUACCAUUCAACAACAAACACCUGUUGAUUUAUCCUGACAUGCACUGAAAUCAGUGACAAGGGGCUUGUGCAUAUGUCUUCACUAUAACUUAGUUUCGCCUGAUAUAGACUUAUAUUUAUGUAAAGCUGGUGAAGUCCUUUUUUUCCCCUUUUUUUGAGUAAAAUGCUGUAGUUUGGGCUUUAUGUUUCCUUGAAUCAUGGAUGUAGUACCUCAGACCCCAUAUCAGAGACUGACACGCUUGAGAAAUGAUCCACAGUUGCGCUUGAACAGCUAUUUGAACUGGCCUGUCAGUGCCCAGGUCAGCCCACAGGACUUGUGUGAUGAUGGGUUUUACUAUACUGGUCUGGAGGACAGAGUACAGUGCACACACUGUGGGGGUAUACUCAGCAGUUGGGAACCAGGAGAUAAUGUGGCCAAUGAACACAGCACACAUUUUCCGCAGUGUCCAUGGGUGAUUUCCAGACGGAACAAUCCGCUGUUCCGAUCGGCAGUGGUACCACAGCACUGUGGACUGAUCAACAUCAGUGACAGUGGGUUUACUUUCGGACACCCGGACGUCCCUCUCCAGUACCAGGCACCUACACAUCCAGCAGAUAUCCCAGGCACCAGUCGACCCAAGUACCCAGAGUAUGCCUUAGAAAGCAACCGACUUACAACGUUUAAGGGCUGGCCUUCACAGCUAAGUCAGAAACCAGCGGCCCUGGCUAAGGGAGGGCUCUUCUAUCUUGGGCAGGGUGACAGGUGUAAGUGUUUCUUCUGUGGUGGAAUUCUGUAUGACUGGGACAUGGGAGAUGACAUUUGGACGGAGCAUGCCAAGUGGUUCAAGGAUUGUCCUUGGGUUAAGCUCUCCAAAGGGGAGCCUUUCAUACGUCAGGUUCAACUGGACCUUGAACAAGCACAAAGCCAAGGAGUACCAAUGGAAAAUGAUACUGAUGUACAAUCAGGGCCUAACCUAUUCCAGAGUGGUGCAGCAAGCUCAUCAACGCCUAAUGCACCGACAGGCCUGCCAAGCAUGUCGACAGGUUCUUCAGGGAUGCCUCCACUAGGCUCUACCGAUACACAACAAACUGCACCUAAGACUUUAGAUGUGUCUUCGUCAACAUCAAAGCCAUCAGCAAGUUCAUCAAGUCCGCAGGCAGCAGGCCCUAGCUCGUCUGGUUCAAGUGCUGCGCAGGCAACUUCCACAUCGGGGUCAAGUGAAGGAAGCACAGACAUAAAGAGUAUAAUAGAGGAGAACCAGAAACUGAAGGACGAGAGGACGUGUAAGAUAUGCAUGGAUGAAGAAGUCAGCGUACUGUUCCUGCCCUGUGGUCACAUGGCCUGCUGUGCCAGCUGUUCCGUCAGUGUCAAGGACUGCCCCAUCUGUCGAGCCGACAUUGUCCAGAGAGUUAAGGCUUACUGGUCCCUCUGACCAGAGAGUUAAGGCUUACUGGUCCCUCUGACCAGAGAGUUAAGGCUUACUGGUCUGUCUGACCAGAGAGUUAAGGCUUACUGGUCCCUCUGACCUGAGAGUUAAGGCUUACUGCACCCUCUGACCAGAGACUUAAGGCUUACUGGUCCCUCUGACCAGAGAGUUAAGGCUUACUGGUCCCUCUGACCAGAGAAUUAAGGCUUACUGGUCCCUCUGACCAGAGAGUUAAGGCUUACUGCACCCUCUAACCAGAGAGUUAAGGCUUGCUGGUCCCUCUGACCAGAGACUUAAGGCUUACUGGUCCCUCUGACCAGAGAGUUAAGGCUUACUGGUCCCUCUGACCAGAGAAUUAAGGCUUACUGGUCCAUCUGACAAGAGAGUUAAGACUUACUGGUCCCUCUGACCAGUGAGUUGAGGCAUACUGGUCCUUCUGACCAGAGAGUUGAGGAUUACUGGUCCCUCUGACCAGAGAGUUGAGGAUUACUGGUCCCUCUGACCAGAGAGUUAAGGCUUACUGGUCCGUCUGACUUACUAACAGUUUUGAAUUUCAUACUGAUUUUUUUUAUCGUUUUAUUUAAGGAUGUAUGCUACCAUAUUGUUAUUGUGACGUGUAUUUUUUUACAAAAGAGUUCCAUUCUUAUUAAGUCUGUAAGUGGCCAUUUUUGCAGUGUGGAAAUGCUUCAAAAAAUAUCCAUAUGUAAAAUAGAAUAUCAAUAUUUAUAGGUUAUAG